AUGAGCGGUCUCAUCACGAGGAUCGGCACCGUCGCCCGCUCACCCAUGGCGGCCGCGGCAGUCGCUGGCAUCGGCAGCAACGACGUGCCACGGAAGCGCCUACGUCGCCCCAGCAGCGUCAGAAUAAUGGAGAGAAGGAGCAGAGGAGGAAGCGACGGUGACUGCAGCUGCUCGAGCAGCGGUAAGGAGCUUGAGCCCGCGGAGCCGACGACGAGGCUUGUUGUGAUCGUCGGCGCCACGGGCACGGGCAAGACCAAGCUGUCCAUCGACGCGGCCGUGGCGCUGGGCGGCGAGGUCGUGAACGCCGACAAGAUACAGCUGUACGCGGGCCUGGACGUCACCACCAACAAGGUGCCGCACGCCGACCGCCGCGGAGUCCCGCACCACCUCCUGGGCGCGGUGCGCGCCGACGCGGGCGAGCUCCCCGCGCCGUCGUACCGCGCGCUGGCCUCCGCGGCCGCGGCCUCCGUGGCGGCGCGCGGGCGGGUGCCCGUGGUGGCCGGGGGCUCCAACUCGCUCGUCCACGCGCUCCUCGCCGACCGCCUCGGCGACGGCGACCCGUUCGAGGCCGACGGCGGGUACCGGCCGUCGCUGCGGUUCCCGUGCUGCCUCCUCUGGGUGGACGUGGACGGCGCGGCGCUGGACGACUACCUGGACCGGCGCGUGGACGACAUGGUGCGCGAGGGCAUGGUGGAGGAGCUGCGGGAGUACUUCGCGUCCACGUCCCCCGCGGAGCGCGCCUCCCACGCGGCCGGGCUGGGCAGGGCCAUCGGCGUGCCGGAGCUGGGCGCCCACUUCGCGGGCCGCAAGACCCUCGCCGCGGCGAUCGACGAGAUCAAGGUCAACACGCGGGUGCUGGCCGCGGCGCAGGUGCGCAAGAUCCGGCGCAUGGCCGACGCCUGGGGCUGGCCCGUGCGGCGUCUAGACGCGACGCCCACGAUCCGCGCGCGGCUGGCCGGCGCUGGCUGCGCCGCCGAGGCCGCCGCGUGGGAGCGCGACGUGGGCGGGCCUGGCCUCGCCGCCAUGCGCCAGUUCCUCGACUGCCACGAGCAGCAGCAGCAGCAAAGGUGGCCGCUGGUGCGGAGGCAAUGCCGUGGCAUGGCUUGGUGACUCGUGAUGACGCGUCGAAGGUCCGGGAGCCGAGUUUUUUUUUUUUUUGGAUAGACCGCUGAAUUUUGGAGGUGCCCGGAGGCCACCGGGCACCGGUCGACGGGGCGUACCUGACGGUUCCGGCCGCACAGCAAGGAGCAGCAGCGAUUGCGUGCAACAGAAACGGGGUGACAGCGAGACGGCCGGCAAGCAGCUGCCCAUUUUUGCCGGCUUGUGAAAUACCUAGGCAUCUCUGUUUCCUUCUCGGUUCCAUGGCUUGUCUAACGAGACAGCACGGUAGGCAGCCGCAGCAGCGUGAAUACUGCUUGCUGACCAGCUUUGUGCGUGCGGAUUAGAGUGAAACCCCAUGCUUAAUGCGUGAUUAGGGGAGCAGGGGAUUGUGCUGGACGCGUGAGCUGGUGUUGUGGUUGCGCUGUGCCAGCUUGGAAGUCAGCUGGGCUCCAGACGUGUGCGCCCUUCCCCCUGCCAUAGUAUCAUAGAAUAGUGCCAGAGGGUCCUUAUAAAAAAGAAAAACUAAUUAGUCUUUUUCA